ACAGGAAACCCAUUAGACGCUUCGCCUGUCGUUUUCUCUCUAUUUGCGGGAACUUGAUUGACAGGUGUGGCCCCCACUGGUUUUCGCUAUGGAUGCUGAAGAUGCCCACUUUGGGCAGGGUGCGUUUGGUGCUCACUGCUCUAACCCAGCUAUGAGCAUCAUCGGGGCUGAGGAUGAAGACUUUGAGAAUGAUCUGAAUGAUGCGACAGAUGACCAGUGCACGCACUUCAACAACAUCGAGGUGUUGAAGGAGCGGCCGACCCACCUGCUGGUCUUCAUGCAACAUGUCAUUCUACAGUUUGACCCUGCUCCCCUGCUGUGUUACCUCCAUGCUGACCUCUUCAAGAGCCUCAGUGCCAAAGAGACCAAGAAACAGUUUGUGGAGUUCAACAAUACCUUCUUGGACAAGGGUGCUAUUCUCAGAGUGACAGUACCGGCUAAUAUAACAUAUGAAUUGGACCGGAUCCGUCCAGAGCUACUCUCAGAAGACAACCAGAAGCGUUAUGCUCAGGAGGUUCAACACCUGCAGACUGCUGAGGUGGCAAAACAGUUGGAGGAUUUCAGGCAAAAGAGGAGGAUGGGUAUGACCCCCAAUGAGGCUGAGCUAAUUGAUGUGGAGAACCACUAUCCCACCGACCGCGUCCCAAUGGAAAUGAAGGAAAAGUCUGUGGCUGAGAACCUGCUGGAGAAGAUGUCCGAGACACAACCUACAAUUGUCGCGGAUGACGAGAAAUGCCAAUCCAUCUUUACUGCAGUGGCCUUCUACAUGAAGCACCUUGGGGUUAAAUCCAGGGCAGUUGACAGUAAGAAGUCGAGAGGCGGCUUCUUCAGGAGUAAGCUAGUAAAGAAUAAGAAGGAUGAAUCCACAAAACCCAAGCCCAGAGGGGUGUUUCCUGGCAUCCCGAGCUGGAUUGGAGGCAACACUGAGGUCAAACCUGAAACGGAGGCUAAAGCCGAAAAGGAGAAAGUGACUCAGGAUCGGAAAGGCCCUGCUCCUGGCAGAGGUUCCUUGACUGACCCCGCGGUCCCUGCCCUCCCCAGCAGAAAGGCUGGUUCCAGUGGAAGCCCUGCCUCACUGCCUGGAGUAGAGAUCAGUGACGGCUCAGGCAACAACAUCAGCACUACCAAUAGCCCAGAGUCUUUACACCCUGAUGGUCCUUCAAGCAAUCGUUUAGAGCCCCCAGCACUCUCAGACGGGGGCGAUGUUACCCCCGUCGGGAUGCCAGGUGGGCUGACCAUCGGGGAGCCCCUCUCACCUAGCGACGCAACCACAGACGAGACUGUGGAGAAAGAAAGACGGAAGACAAGUAGGAAAGUGGGGCGCAGCGAGAGUGCACGCGUGGACCGGCACUCGUCUCGGCGCCGUGGCUCCUCUCGGGCUAAACAGUUUCGUUCCCGUAGUGACGUGGACCUUCAGCCACCUUCUACCACGACAACACCAACUACCCCGCUCACCCCCCAGCACCUCCAUCCUGUUGAUGGGACAGUUUUAGUUCCUGAAGGGCCUGGCCAAUCCCCCACCUGUCCCUCACCACAGCUGGAAGAGAUGGAGCCACGCCUUCUGGAGUUUGAGCAGGACCCACCCAACUGGAGAGAGCUGGCCUCUCCUGAAGCCCUGGCCAGCCUCAGCAAGAAGGAGACCAAAAGGCAGGAAGUUAUUAAUGAGCUGUUUGCCACAGAGUACGCCCAUAUGCGAAUGCUGAGUGUCCUUCAGAUGGUCUUCUCGAAGCCACUGGAGAGAGAAGAGCUCCUGACCACUACUGAGGUCGCCACCAUCUUCCCCAACCUCGAUGAGAUCAUUGAAAUGCACUAUAACUUCUACGAGAACCUGAAAAGACUGCGGCUGGAUGACAACUUCAUAGUUAAAUCCAUCAGCACCACAGUGCUCAACAGAUUCGGUGGUACAGAGGGCGAGUGGUUCCAGAAACUGACAGCCCGGUUCUGCAGUCACCAGUCGUGGGCCCUGGAUCAGAUCAAGAGCAGACAGAGGAAAGAGCCACGCUUCAAUGCCUUUAUACAGGAGGCAGAGAGUAGGCCCCAGUGCCGCAGGCUGCAGCUCAAGGACAUUAUUCCUAUAGAGAUGCAGAGACUGACCAAGUAUCCACUGCUGUUGGAGAAUAUCGCCAAGAACACAGACGACCCAGUGGAGAAGGAGAGGAUCCAGCAGAGCGCAGAGUGCUGCAGAAAGAUCCUCAACCACGUCAACGAGGAGGUCAAAGUAAUGGAGAACCUGUUGACUGUGAAGGACUACCAGCGUAGAUUGGACACAUCGGGGCUUAAACCCAGUAAUGAACUUUAUACGGAAUACAAGAACAUUGACUUGACUCAGAAGAAGAUGCUUUAUGAAGGCCCACUGACCUGGAAAGUCACCAAGGAGAAGGCUAUUGAUGUGCAGUGUGUGUUGCUCGGGGACCUGCUGGUGCUCCUCCAGAGGCAAGAUGACAAGAUGGUCCUCAAAUGCCAGAGCAAGAGUAACAUCGCUGUGCAGGAGGGCAAGCAGAUGCUGAGCCCCAUUAUUAAGCUGGACUCCGUUUUCCUCCGUGAGGUGGCCACAGAUCGAAAGGCUUUCUACGUGAUAUUUACCUGGGAAAGCGGAGCUCAAAUCUAUGAACUGGUGGCUCAGUCUGUUGGAGAAAUGAAAGCUUGGACUGAGGUGAUAAAGACAGCGGUGGAUGAUCUGAAAAAGAGCGGUGCGCCCAUGAGGCUGACUCUGCCUCCAGGAAGUGGAAUGCCUCCCUUCAGUCCCACGCUAAAUGCCCCUUUGAGCCCGACUGAGAAUGGAAGUUUGAAAAGCAGCAUUGAUCGAGACAAGGACAGUUUGACGGAUGAAAAGUCCACAGAUCCCCGGCACAGGCUGAUUGAUUUCCUGUCAGAAAAAGGCUUUGACUUGAUAGGCCACUCCAACAGCGAUCAGGAGAAGGUGGCCAGUAGUGCUUUGGAUGAAGUCAAGUCACUGAAAAGACUGUUGGUAGCCAGCAUCAGUCUAUCAGACGACUCAAAACCCGAUGAAGAAAAUGAAGAGGAGCAACCGGAGAGGCCCAAUCAAGAAAUGGAUAGCUGUCAGUCAACUGAGGAAAAUCAGAGCGGAGACGGAGGGUCUGAAGUGGUAAACGCCAACACGUGUGAAAAAGAAGGUGCAGAGACGAAAGGAGACGAGGAGAAGAGCAUCAGUGCUCCCCUGGUUUUAUCCCAGGAGAGGAUGGAGGAAGUGUGCAGGAGGCUGCACAGCCUGGAGGAACGAGUAAAGAGACUACAGAAUGUAGAAGAGGAGUACCACAGGCUGCAGGAGGCCCUCUCCGAGUUCUCACUGGAACGCGGUAACUUCCAGUAAGACGCCAUCACUCCACCUGCUGGCCACGAGGUUUUUAUUGGUCCUGCCUUGGACUGAGUGACAGUCAGCGGCUUUCCUGGAAAUCCCUAAACCCUCAUACGUCUUGCCUGAACCCUUGCUGCAUUAUUCGUUUGUAUGGAGGCUGUUUGCAGCCCAGCAGGAAGUUUUCAGCCUGUUGGAGAGGAGGGAGGGCUUUCAGCACCGUGGAGUGGUUCAGUGAUGGAAGAUGGGAGGUGUGCGCACGUGUAUGUGUGUGUGUGUGUGUGUUUGCGUGCAUGCUUGAUAGUUAAACAAAGAAGAAGAGAAAAAAAAGAGACAUCCUACUUUUGAGUGGGAGGCUGUUUUUUUUUUUUUGCAGAGAGGUGCCACAAGAAAUGAAGCAAUAUUUUUGCUGUGAGAGAGAUGCUGCCUAACAAAACGUAGUGAUUUCAAUAUGCUGUAACACACAUACGCACACCAGAGACAUGCAGGCUGGAAAAUAAUUUACAUCAAUGCCAAGAACAGAUGUAAAAUAAAGGAGAAAAGCCUUAAAAGGCCAAUGUAGCACAAGAUGAUGUAUUGAAAUACUACUGCUGAUAUUUAGUGUUAUUUCUAGUCUAUGCCAAAGUACAACAGAGAUGCACUUUUUUUCUUCUGAUCAAAGCAAGUUAAACAUGCACUGUUUUGCAAAAUCUUUCAUUUUUUAGUCUCUUCAGUAUGGUUCUUGAACAGUUGGGCUUCAUAUGGAAAGCCCCCAUUAUUGAAAAGAUGCAUGCAAGACAGUGUGUGUAUGUGUGUUACAAAGUUUUUAAUGAAUUAUGUAUGUUUGGAGGGUUCCUAUUGUAAUUAGGUCACAUUAAAAAAAACAACAACAUUUAUAAAUAGUGGAACUAUAGGUAGUCAUGUUGUUAAUAAUGAGAACUUGUUUGUAUGUACCGCUUUUAUUUAUUCCUCUGAGUCUUGUCAGGUCAGUGAGUUGCCUCAUCUGAGUUAAACUGUUACAACACUGGGCCAAAAAGAAAGAGGGCGACGUACGAGAGCCGGACACAAGAAGGCAAACCUGAAAUGUGGAGCACAGAUGAAGGCAGAGAGUGAUACAGAGACAUGUAGGUAUGUAGGUUGGUUUACAGGUUCCCGUUGCUUCGGUUUAGAUAGCUUGAGCUCGACGGUCAUGAGGAAAAGAGAACAGGAACAUUAAGGUUUGCACUCUCUGUACUCAAGUAGACCCAAACAGAGAGCUUACAACAGACACAAAUGCCAGCAUCAUUUCUGCAGUUAUCCCCUAGAGAGGGUUCAUAACUCCUGAUCCAGGACACAGACUUGAGAUGAGGUAAUAAAUUGUAUUAUAUGACAUUGGAUACUAUGUGUAUUAGUUAAAAAAAACAACAACAAAAAACAAAAAAAAAAGUCUAUUAUUCCCUGUUAGCAAUAUUUGUAUCCAAAUUGAGUUGCCUUUGCAUUUUAUUGAGCAGUUGAUUGUAAUUAUGUGAUAGGAUUUCAGAGUAGUGCCAUAACUCUGGCUGUGCACACAGGACCAAAGACAAAGCAAAGCACCAUUCGAUCCUCAUUCGAGCUGAUUUUUUUUUUUUAAUUUUUACUUUCACCUGUAUAGUACCACAUCACAAAACGCUGAUGCAGGAGCGACGGCAGUCAGCAGCUGCUUCUCCACUCCCCAGUGUUCUCUCUCACAUGUUGCAACUCACUUAAAGGGUUUUUUAGGAGCACAUACAUGAAUGAAGUGGUUGAGUUUUUCUUCUUUUUUUUUUCUGAGAAUGUACAAGUAAAUACCAGAUAGAUAAGGAAUGGUGGACUGUUCAAAUCAUAUGACCAAAUUCAAACUGAAUCUGUAGAUUUCUCGCUUACAUUUCAGUGACGUCCAACAGCAAACCAGUGAAUGAAAGCGUUGUCUUCUGAGUCUAUUUGGGUCACUGAGUAAAUGCUGGUGUGACUGAAACAAGCUGUACUGUACUGAAUAGAGGACCGGAGACCAAGCACUGCUAGCAUCUCUCCUACCUAGUCGACCUAAUGGGACCUGAUCCUUCACAGAACAAAAGAACAAGACGGUGGAAGCCAGAUGAGGAUCUGAAGCAGUCGUUGAAGGUUUAGAGAAAGAAAAAAACUGCAGUCUCAUUCCAAUGUUGCCAUUACCAACACUGAAAUCAUGAUCACUUCCUGAUAUACAUUCUCGUCGUUGUUUCCACAACAACAAACGCUGCCUUUGAACCUACUGAACCUCAGCAGGUUGACUCAGUUUAGCUACUUGAGCAUCACACUUUGCAAACUUAUAUAAGCUUGUGUUUGAACAUUACUGGCACCUCUCCCUAUGUCUUCAUCUUUUUUUAAAAAAAACUGCAUGAAUUACAUGAAUGUUAGCUUGAAGGAACAAAAAAACUCCCCAUCCCCCCUGUGUUUAUUAAGCUUAUUAGCUAACACACACUCACCUCUCUUGAUGGCAUAAUCAUCUUUUCCUACUGUACAUUUUUGUUAUUUUCUUUUCACAAGUCACAUGUUGUGUAUUUCAUUUGCUUCAACAGUUUGGGACGUUUUUUUGUUAGUUUUUUCCCAUUGUUUUUUUUUGUUUUUUUUUCAAAGAAGUGUAUUGUGAUUUUUGUACUAUGCGUUUGCUGUAUUGGUGAGAGACAGGACUUGUCUGUAACUUGUCUAUGCAUGAAUCGGUCUAACAUUUAUGCAAAUAUUGUAACCAUGACAGAUUCCUGUAAUGUCAGCCCGGUCUGCAUUGCAGCUGUUAAGCUUUACCUAUGGGAUGCAUUUAAAGAGAUGAUCUCAACCAGGGGCUUUUAGCUGUUUACCAAUAGUGGUGAGCAGAUAAAAGCCAGUUACCACCAGUGAUGCAUUCAGGCUUCACUGGCUGAAUGACUACUACAGGCACUUCUCGAUCUCUCUCCUUCAGAUGCGUUUUUUUUUUUUUCCCCCUCAUGUAUUCUAUUUACAAAAUGUAUAGAAAAUAUAUUUAUAGAGUGGUGCCUUGUUCUGAUGAUCAAGUUGUUUUCUUCAUAAAGGGCUCUUAAGUCAAACACAAUCGCUGUUGUUUUAGUUUUUCACUGAGGACCUCACACAAAAGGACAUAUUGACCAAAUAACUAAUGAGCAAUGAGAGAUUAUCCCAGGAUUCUGAUUGGGUGGGUUUAGGGUUGAGGGCUGUGGUUGUAUGUUGACAUGUUGUGAAUACGCAAUCUUUUUUUUUUUUUGUCCAAUUCCAUUACAUCAGCAAGAUUUGUGCCCCCUACCAACUCAGCCCUGCAUAGAAAACACACUGCUGCUUGUCAUACUGGCAUCUGCCAUCUUGUCUUUCUAUAAACAAUGAAUAUGCAAGAACUAUACUGUGUAUUUGAGUUUUAAUUUUUUUUAUUGUGUAAGAGGCUCUUUAAUGAUGUAUACCUAAGGAACAUUGUGGUACGUUUUGUUUUUUAAGUCUUUUUUUUUUUUUUUUUUUAAAUAAACUGGGGAAA